AGCACCUUGACUACUGUGUGACGAAUGAAAAAGGCUACGUACAUUAGACGUGCGAAAUAUAUUUUCUAAUUGUGGACUUGUUUAAAGAUUAUGGACUCUUCCGGUUGUUCAAAGUGGAAAGCGGGAGGAAGUUAAGUUGUUCGGAAUGAGAGCAUUGUACUGCUAUAUCGUAGGUCAACAAUUUUAUAUGCAUUUGAUAACAUAUACGAUUCAUUUUGACAUCAUCAAACAAUUGUCGUAGUAUCGCUGUUAUGCAGAGGAUGGACGCAACUACGUGUCUGAAGUCACUGUUGCUGGCCAUCAGUCAGUACAGAAACAGCAGAUCGGCGACCAAUGCUUCACAGCUCAAGACACAGAUCGACGACUUGUCUGGUGUGAAGUGUGGCAGGUUGCUGGUGUCUGGCCAGGUUCUGCCCAGUGAGUGCCUGAGUGGAUUGGUGGAGCUGGUGGGGGACCCCAACACCUGCCCUGCCCUCACUGGAACCAUCAUCUCUCUGCUGGCCCAGCUUGCAGCUGCUGACAAUGAGAGGAGAGAAGCCCUCCACAGCAGAUAUAACCUCACUGGCACUUUGGCCUCUGUUAUCCACUGCAACAGUGCCACCCCCAGGGAGCCUGUUGUACUGCAGUGCCUGCAGGUCUUACAGAAGCUCACCUACAGCAUGAGGAUACCCCACUGUACCCCUUACAUGGAUGAGCUCAUAGCCUUCCUCAUACAGCAUGUCCAGUCUCCCAAUGAAGACAUCACAAUGCCCUGCCUGGGUGUGCUGGCAAACCUGUGUCGGAGUAAUCUGUUUGUGCAGACCCACGUCAAGUCUUUGAGCCAUGUUAAAGCUUUCUACAGGACGCUCAUUAACUUUCUGGCUCAUAGCAGCCUGACAGUGGUGGUGUUUGCGCUGUCCAUAUUGGCCAGCCUCACCCUGAAUGAAGGAGUUGGGGAAAAGCUGUUUCAUGCAAAGAACAUACACCAGACCUUCCAGCUCAUAUUCAACAUCAUUGUCAAUGGUGAUGGAACUUUGACCUGCAAGUAUGCUGUGGAUCUCCUAGUGGAUCUGCUGAAGAAUCCCAAGAUCGCAGAUUACCUCACCAGGUACGAACACUUCUCGCUCUGUCUGUCCCAGGUGCUUGGCCUGCUGCAGGGCAAGGACCCAGACUCUGCCGCCAUGGUUUUGGAGCUGCUGGUGGCUCUGUGCUCAGUGCCAGGCCUGCGCAGGCAGCUGUGCCAGACGGUGUUGCGUGCCCAAGGCCCCCGUCUGCAGGCUUUGGCCAAGAAGGAGGGGCGGGGGCAGUGGGUGGAGCCAGACCCCGGGCUGGCAUUGCUGCAGUGGGCCAGCCUGCCCUUGGAUGGACCCGAGGCCUGCUACCUGCAGGCUCUGUCGCUGUUUGCAGAGCUGUUUGAGGAGGUGACUGUCUCUGUCCCAUCUGGGUCAGCUCAAGCCUUCCUGGAUCUCCUGCUGCCGGUGCUGCUUGGCCUGCUUCAGGGUCCGAGCAUACCACUCAGUGAACUGCAGCUGAAGAAACAUUGUGUUAGGGCUGCCCGUGUGAUGGACCUGCUGCUUGUGCUCAGCUCAGAUGAUGCGAUGAAGAUGCAGGUGUCCCAGCAGCUCAGUUCCCAGCUCUGCGUGUUGCAGGUGGAACUCCUGCUCUCCAGCAGCCAUAUGGACAUGGGCUUCAGCUGCCCAGCCACCAGCUCUGACCUCAGCCAGGUGGGUGCAGAGGUGAUCCUGAAAGUACUGCAGCUGAUGAGCCGGUUAAAACAGCUGGUCCGGGACAUGGAGACCAGCUUCUACAGGAUUUUGCAGGACCAGCGGAUGGUGACACCCCUGUCCCUGGCCCUGGCAUCAGACCACAGGGAACAUGUGCAAACUGCACUGCGGAUCCUACUGGAAGCUGCACCCCUCCCUGAUUUCCCUGCCGUCAUCCUGGGAGAAUGUAUUGCCGCCAACAACGCAUACCGACAUCGGGAGAUGGAGCUGUCCAUGCAGUCCCCACCCAAUUUAGGGAGGAGCUUAGCCCCCCUGACUGCUCACCCUCCCACCUCCUCACAGAGCAUACACAACCUCAUCGAGAAGCUUCAGAGCAGCAUGGAGUUACAGGAACAGGUGAAGGACGUGCGAGUGUCUGAGAUCAUGGAUGUGUACGAGCAGAAGAUCUGUGCCCUGGCGUCUAAGGAGGGCCGUCUGCAGGACCUGCUGGAGGCCAAAGCUCUGGCGCUGUCUCAGGCUGACCGACUCAUUGCCCAGUACCGCUGCCAGAGAGCACAGGCUGAGGCCGAGGCGCGGAAGCUGGCAUCACUGCUGAAGGAGGCGGAGAGGAGGAAGGAAGAGCUGCAGGGGGAGCUAAGCACUCAGAUGCUGGAGGCGGAGCGAGCCAAGGCUGACAUCCAGCAGCUGCUGCAGCACAACACCCGUCUGCAGGCUGAAUCCCAGGAGCACCAGAGUCUAAAGGGCUCCUACAAUGAGCUUCUGCACAGGUAUAAUGAGUGUGAGAGGAUGCUGAAGGAGCUGCAGGCUGCCCACAUCUCCCUGAACAAACAGACCGAUACUCUGAGGAAGCAGAACGAGAGUCUAAAAGUACAUCAGGACAGACUUCUUACCCAGCUGGCAGAACAGGAAGAGCAGAUCAAAGGCCUGGAUUCAGGCCUUCAGGAGAGAAGGGCAGAGAUCUUGGACCUGCAGCAGGAGCUUAAACGGCAGGAUGAACACUCCAGGGAGAGGGAGACGGAGAGGAAAGACAUGGAGGACACCAUCGACAUGCUGAGGAAGGACCUCAGCAAGACUGAGCUGGCCAAGAAAGAUGCCAGCAUCAAGGCCUCUUCCCUGGAGCUGCAGAAGUCGCAGCUGGAGGCCAAGCUGCAGAAGAAGGAAGAGGAGCUGAGUAAACACACUCAGAUGAUUGCUAUGAUCCACAGCUUGAGCAGUGGCAAGCUGAAGAAUGAAACCGUCAACCUGUCCCUGUAACACGCACACGCAUACGCAUGUACAUAUGCAGACGCAUGCUCAUACGAUCAGCUUGUCCCAAUGAGUAACCCCACAAAACAUAACACACAGUCAAGCUAUCCUGGUGUAGGUGCACAUAGUGUUUUUGUCAUGAGCAAACUUGUUUGCAAAACAUUUUUAGAAAUAGUUUUUACAAGCAAAAAGCUACUUUUAUAUAAAAUUAAUUAAAUUAUUGUAGCAUCCUUUCUUUCAGCAAGAUGGUUGAAUAGUUAAAAAUACUUGGCAUUGUGAAAGCAUUGCCUGUGGUGAUAUGCAGAUUUUAAAUGUUCAUGAUUAUUAUAUGACAGAUAUUUAAAAAAAAGAAUUAUAUAUAAUCUGAAUUCACUUCAAUAUCUGUGCGCUUUAUAUUUUUUAUUUUUGUUGUUUCCUUUAAUAAAUGAUUUGGCUUAGAAUUGA